AGCCGCUCGGAGCCCUCCGCAUGCCGGGGCCGAGGGCGCUGCUGGGGCUGGGGCUGCUGGUGGCGGCGGGGGGGGUCCGGGCGGGCGGGCGCUGCUGGAACCGGGGCUGGGGCUGGGAGCGGGCUCCGUGGGGCGGCUCCCACCGCGCCAUGCACGGGUCCAGCGCCGGGCCCGGCCCGCGGGGGCUCCGGUUCCUCGGGCAGGAUGAGGCCCAGGCCAUCGACCAGGAGCUGUUCACCGAGUACAAGUUCAGCGUGGACCAACUGAUGGAGCUGGCGGGGCUGAGCUGCGCCACGGCCAUCGCCAAGGUUUAUCCCCCCAGCUCCUUCACCACGAGCCGCCCCGCGGUGCUGGUUGUGUGCGGGCCGGGGAACAACGGCGGCGAUGGCUUGGUCUGCGCCCGGCACCUGAAGCUCUUUGGCUACGAGCCCACCGUCUAUUACCCCAAGCGCCCCAGCAAACCCCUCUUUGAGGGCUUGACCACGCAGUGCCAGAAGAUGGACAUCCCCUUCCUGCCCGAAUUCCCGGCCGAGCCUGCGCUCAUCGAUGAGCUCUAUGGGCUGGUGGUGGAUGCCAUCUUCGGGUUCAGCUUCAAGGGAGCCGUGCGGGAGCCCUUCGGCAGCAUCCUCAGCACCCUGGGGCGCAUCACGGUGCCCAUCGCCAGCAUCGACAUCCCCUCGGGCUGGGAUGUGGAGAAGGGGAAGGCGGACGGGCUCCGGCCGGACAUGCUCAUCUCACUCACAGCACCCAAGAAGGCAGCGCUGCACUUCGAAGGGCGCUUCCACUUCCUGGGGGGCAGGUUCGUGCCCCCAGCACUGCAGGAGAAAUACACCUUAAACCUGCCCCCGUACCCCGGGACAGAAUGCGUCCUGCAGCUCACCUAGAGCAGGGC